GCCGACGCCUGCGGCCGGGCUCGCUUCCUCCCCAACCCCACCCCCAUCCCCCCGGGCCCAACCGGUCGAGUCUCGGGAGCGGGCACCGGUCCCAGCUCCGGGGGAACCGCGAUGCCUGGGGCGGCUUCCCGGGGCCCCUCGGCCGGGGACGGGCGGCUGAGGUUGGCGAGGCUGGCGCUGGUGCUGCUGGGUUGGGUGUCGGCGUCGGCGCCCAGCAAUUCGGUAUCCUCGUCUCCCACGUCCCCGGCAGCAGCCUUCCUGGCCCCGGGGUCUGCGCAGCCUCCCCCGGCCGAGCGCUGCCCGGCGGCGUGCGAGUGCUCCGAGGCGGCGCGCACGGUCAAGUGCGUGAACCGCAACCUGCCGGAGGUGCCGGCCGACCUGCCGCCCUACGUGCGCAACCUCUUCCUCACCGGCAACCAGCUGAGCGCGCUGCCGCCCGGCGCCUUCGCCCGCCGGCCGCCGCUGGCCGAGCUGGCGACGCUCAACCUCAGCGGCAACCACCUGAAGGAGGUGUGUGCGGGCGCCUUUGAGCAGCUGCCCGGCCUGCGCCUGCUCGACCUCAGCCACAACCCCCUCACCAACCUCAGCGCCCUCGCCUUUGCGGGCGCCAACGCCAGCGUCUCGGCCCCCGGCCCCCUGAUGGAGCUGCACCUGAACCACAUCGUGCCCCCCGAGGAUCAGCGGCAGAACGGCAGCUUCGAGGGCAUGGUGGCCUUCGAGGGCAUGGUGGCCGCUGCCCUGAGCUCAGGCCUUACCCUGCAAGGGCUGCGGCGCCUGGAGCUGGCCAGCAAUCACUUCCUCUUCCUGCCUCGGGACUUACUGGCCCAACUGCCCAAUCUAAGGCAUCUGGACCUUCGGAACAACUCCCUAGUGAGCCUGACCUACGCGUCUUUCCGCAACCUGACACACCUCGAAAGCCUCCACUUGGAGGACAAUGCCCUCAAGGUCCUUCACAACUCCACCUUGACUGAGUGGCAAAGCCUGGCCCACGUCAGGGUGUUCCUAGACAACAACCCCUGGGUUUGCGACUGCUACCUGGCUGACAUGGUGGCUUGGCUUAAAGAGACAGAGGUGGUGCCUGAUAAAGCCAGGCUCACCUGCGCAUUCCCGGAAAAAAUGAGGAAUCGUGGCCUCUUGGACCUGAACAGCUCUGACCUGGACUGUGACGCUAUCCUUCCCCCAUCCCUGCAGACUUCCUAUGUCUUCCUAGGUAUUGUUUUAGCCCUGAUAGGCGCUAUUUUCCUCUUGGUGUUGUAUUUGAACCGAAAAGGCAUAAAAAAGUGGAUGCAUAACAUCAGAGACGCCUGCAGGGAUCACAUGGAAGGGUAUCAUUACAGAUACGAAAUCAACGCGGACCCCAGACUAACAAAUCUGAGUUCCAACUCGGAUGUCUGAGAAACGGGACUGGUCAACAACAGUUCUGCAUGAGGUGUAGACUUAAGUUUUUGUUUUGUUUUCUUUACUAGGCUUGCUGCACUUCCACCCUGCACAGAAGACACCAUUGACUUUGAAAGCAGUGAAGGGAUUUUGCUUCCUUGUUAUGUAGAAUUCCUGGUGUGUUCUGUUAAUGUACAAACACGAACAACUGUGCAUACAAUGUUUGUUUGCCCUUUUCGUUACUCCUCGAUGCCUGCGGGAGGGAUUUUUUUCGUUUUCCUCUCAAGUUGCAGCCUGGACAUGGAUUCUUUCUUAGCUCAAGGUGUAGCACAGAUAGCGUUCAACGGAAGCUGCCUCAAUUUUUUUUUUUUUUUGAGAAAAGUACUUUAUUCAUAAAUAUGAGUUUCAUCCUCACCUAAAUUAUGGAGAAAAAUAAUUGCAUCCCCCAAAUGCCUGCAGAUCAUAGCAAGCUCUUACAUAGAACUCUGUAGUGUACAGGGGCACCUGCAUCCAAGAGCAUGCUUACAUUUUACUGUUCUGCCUAUUAAAAAAAACAAUUGCAACUUCAGGUAACUUCUUUGAGAAACUAAAUUACUUUUUGAUUGCGGUUUAUAGGAAACUGUCCUAAGGUGUUUCGGUUUUUUUUUUUGUUUGUUUGUUUUUUUUGUUUUGUUUUGUUUUGUCUUGUUUUUUUAUAAGCUGCAUUGGGAUCCAACAGAUUGGAUUGUUUAAAAAAAAAUCAAUAAAGAGUCUUAAAAGAA